AUGAUAUCUUAAAGUCAAUGUGAUCUCAAUCAGUAUAGCCAAGCAAUUGAUAUGUCGUUAAACAGUCUUGAUUAAAAUUCGAGUUUAUACCAACGAUUGUAAGGAGUGAAUACUGAAAACAAUUUUGAUGAUUAAAAUGAAAUAGUUUCUACAUAAUCCAUUCGAAUUCCAUUCAAUAAGGUUGAAUUUAUCUAAUAGCCAAUAUAAACUAAGAAGUUUAGUAUAUAUUUAACUAGGUAGAAUGAUGUCUGCACAGAUUAAAAAGAUUAGUAAUUCUUAUUAAUUCUACAUUUUUGACUUCUUUUUGAUGGAGGCAACGAAGAAUGGACUAUUAAACUAGAAAUACAUUAUUUAAUCAGAGAGUAAGACUUUGGUGGGGAAAAUAAAAAUAUUUGAGAAUGGAAAACUUUUUGUUUUCUAAGAUGGUGGAAUGAGUCCAAAAAAGUGUACAAAUCAAUAAUUUUACAGAAAAUAUAUGGGAAGUAUUUGCAAACAAAAUGAAUUAAGAGUAAUAUCACAUUAAUAGUAUAGUGUCACAUACCAAAGAUAAAUUAAUAAAAUAAUUAAAUUUAUACUUAUUCACCUGUUUAUUUUAAGAAAAACAAAGAGAUUAUUUAGUAAAAUAAUUAGUUCUUUGAGUUUUACAACAUCUUUAAAUUUUAAAAACAAAAUUUGUGGUCUAUAUUUUACAAAAAGGAGUUAACAUCAGAUUAAUUCUUGAUUAAAAUACAAAAAACAGAUGAAACCUCAUUUGAAGUACUAUAUACAGCGCCACUAAACCAUUUAUAAGCCUUUUAGAUUAGUGUUGCUAUAAUAUAAAUUAUUUCUUGA